AUGUCAGAUGUCUUCACCAAUGCUUCAAGAGUGCCCACCGCCGAUGGCGCCCCGGAUCCGUACGAUCAUGAGAUAAACCUGGUUGAUACCACAGUCUCAGAGACUCCCAUUGAAGCGACUCGGACUCGAACAGACUCGCCUACGGGCAGCUGGCGAAAGAUUGGCAUCGCACGAAUACCUACACGGAGCUCGGUCAAGAAAGAGCUAGUGAAGCGGAAAUAUGCAAGAUAUCAGGAGAACCGCUACAGCAAGACGAGCACCGUGGCUGAGGAUGGGACGCAUCCCAGCAAGGAUCAAGCUUCUACCGGCACGCCUCACAACGGCGUCAGCGAGACAGUAGAUUUUGCUCGGCGAGAUCGCGGCCGCGCGAAGGAGAAGUACAAGAAGGAGCACUACAGACCCGAAGUCGCAGUCGAUGUGCUAUACGAGAAUCAGCGAGGCUCAUUUCUGUUCGGCAUACCUUUGUACUCGCACUCGUCCUUGCUUAACUUCGAUCCAAGUCCUUGGGUAAACAAAGACUUCAAGGACUCGCCAGUCAACAUCACUAAUGCGCAAGUGCCGGAUCCAAGCUGGGAGUGGGUAUGGAAGACAUGGUAUGUGGACAUGAGCUACGAUGUGGAUGAGGAAGGCUGGCAGUAUUCAUUUGCAUUCGGACGACAGACCCCCUGGCAUGGCACUCACCCUUGGUUUCAUUCAUUUGUAAGACGACGACGUUGGCUACGGAAGCGUGUCAAGAAGCAUCUCCACCAGCCUGGAGCGAUCAAGGCCAGCAAUCUGAGUGCAGCCCACAGGCUCAAUGCCGAAUAUUUCACCAUUCAUCCAAAGCGAGACCAGAGUCCGGACAGUGCCAGGCCGCAGAGCUAUCUCAGCGCGAUACCAACCGACGUUGAAGAACUCCCUGAUGAGAUCAAGGACAUUGCCACAUUAUUGAAGGCAUUGCGAUUAGCCGCUAUUGAUCGAGAGAAGAUUGACAUAGUAAAACGCUUUGUCAAGGAGGCAAGUGAUGAACUCGCGUACCUUGGACCUCAUAUUCCGGAUAUAACCUCUUUUCUGGUGUUUCAGAACUCUCGCAAGCAACUUCUCGCAUUUCUCAAGAAGAGCGCUGAAGAAGCCCAGCAGCAUCGAGAUGAGCACGAUGCAGAAGAAAAGCCGGAAGGGAACGCUGAGCGGGAGAGGAUCGACAAUCUCCUUGCAGCAGUGGCAGAAGCGAACAAAGAAAUCACAGGUCUGGAAUACUGGUCCGAUCGCAAACAUGUGCUCAAGACGGCGGAUCCAGACAAGGAAGUUACGCAAGCCAUUGCCUCAAUCUUCGACAAGCCUGCUCCAAUGCCCGUUAAGGACGACAACCCUGCAGGAGAUAUUAGAGGCAUCUCCGACGAAGCCGAGGUUGGUCGAGAUCCUACCUUGGAUGCUGCGAAAUCCGUACAGGAGCACGGCAUAAUGCAGCGAGAGGCCAAGGAAGAGCGUGCCAGCAAGGGAAAAGAGCCUAGGCGAGAAAGUGAGGACGAUGUAGUGGAGGCGGAUUCUCCUCCACGACUCGGAGCUGAUCAGGUGUUUAUUUCCGACUAG